CAAAGCCCACCCCUAGCGGAGGGACUCGAAGCGGUUGCUAGGAGACGCUGUACGCCGAAUAGCGCUUCUACGCAUGCGGGAGGCGGGGCCACCUCGGACGGUCUGUGAAUUACGGUGGCCCGGAGGGGGCCGGCGGUGGCGGGCAUGGCGGUGGCGGAGCAUCCCUGACAGGUUCUAUGGGAGAAACACCUUAGAGUUUUGUCGCAUUUCCAAGAUUCCUAUUUACCAUUUGGGAUCGCCCAACAUCCUGUCUAGAAGACAUACGUCGGCAGUCAAAAUGAAGGAUUCCUUUGAGGUUUUAGACCAGUUAUAUAAGAAGGUACUUGUCGGAGCCACACUGGAAAACGACACGCAGGAUUACAUCCGCUAUCUCCACCCAGCGUUUCCAGAUCACGAUGGCUCUGGGACCGCCUCCUCCCAGCGCGCCAUCGCCCUCGGUGUCGAGGGCAAGUGCCAGCCGCCCCCUGUCCAUUCGGCUACCGUUCCUGUCGCGCCUGCGCCUUGGAAGAGCAGUGCCCGAGAUUUAACGCUCCUUCGGUUGACGGUGAUCCAAGUGAUGGUGAGCAGGGUACUGUCCGAGGAGACCGAGUUCCGUGCGAAGGAGAAGUACAGAGAGAUCCUUACAAUUCUUUUAAAAUCAUCGGACCUUGAUUCCCAAUUAAUCUGCACGUUCCAAGACUCUGAUAAGUUGCUGUCUCACGUGACUGCAAAAUGCCUGGCGUGGCUUCUGUAUUUCCAACUGAGAGAAAAGAUAACAUUAAGUAAUUCCUGGAUUGCUUUUUGCCAAAAAAGUCUUUCUGAAUACUCUGAAAGUGAUAAGGUAGUAUACUGCCUCUGGACUCUUACUGCUGUAAUAAAAGAAAUCUUUAAAGAUACAUGUUCACAAAAAUCAGAACUUUUGAAGCAGUUCCUGACUCCUUUGGACACGCCCUUUGAAGUCUUUUACAACUCCUUCUUUUCUCAGCAUCUUGAAAGACCCCCGGGCGCUUGUAACAUAGCAAACAGCUUGCUGGGUGUCCUGGAAUUGCUGGAACUUCUCAUAGCUUCCAGAGCCCACCGGGACCUGCAUUUCACCUGCCAGAGGAUCGUCUUUUUGAAACCGUCUUGUGUCCUGAACGCCAUCACCUGGCCCGUUCAGGCUUUCGUCCAAAGGAAGUUCGUCAUAUUCCUCAAAAAGUGCCUUCUCUGGAAAGUGGGUGAAGACCUUUGUCGCGGGGCUGUGGCCGCCCUGGUGCCCCCCGAUCGGCAUUUAGACGGGGACGUGGUGGCUUUAGCUGAUGCUGUGUUGCAAGCUGUGGAUUCGGGCUUAUUGGGGACGUUAUCUGUCCACGGAAAACCUUCCUGCUUUGCUGGCGGUGAGGUUCAGCCUGGAUGUGAGCGGCCCCCUGGUCCAGAUCACGUGAUCCUUAGAGCCACGAGCUUGCUUAUCAUGAAGUCCUUAGAAAUCAAGUUUCAAAAGUGUGCUUCUGCCAAGGAAAUGAAAGUUGAUUUGCAGAGGUACAUGUCUGAGCUACUGACCUUCUUAAAGCCUCAACUCCAGCCCUCCGUGCAGGCACACAAUCCGUGCGAGUGGUUGUCGAGGGUCUUCAUAGAACAAGACGAUGACAUGCUGGAGGCUGCCAAAGCAUCAGUGGGCAUCUACCUCAAGCUCACCAGAGAACAUGAAGCUGCUCAAAACUUGGCCCAGGAAAAAGAAACGUGGGACCGUCACACACACGAAAAUGGCUACAACCCGCACUGCAUUUUUUUAUUCCUUUUAAAAAAUAUAGGAUUUGAUUCUACAGUUCUUCUUGACUUUUUGAUUUCAUCCGAAACCUGUUUCCUGGAAUAUUUUGUCCGAUACUUGAAACUACUGCCCAAAGACUGGGAUGCAUUUCUUACCAUCUGCAAGCACUUUGAUGUAACUGAACGUACCGAUAGCAUAAAUACUUGUGGUCGGACCUCCUCACUUGUCCAAGGCACAGGCAGCAACCGCACAGAAUCCAGGCCGCUGGCUGCCCUGGGCCGUCACAGGAGCGCGCACGCCUGCGUCUCCUGGGCGUCGGAGGCUUCCCCGGACCCACCGAACCAGGUCGUGAUGUCCCGGGAGAGCCACGCCUCGCCCCAGCCCGGGAGUCGGGCUCCCCCGCAAGCUGCCCAGAGCCUGGUGGAUUACGACACCUCCGAUGACUCCGAGGUAGAGUCCCCAGACGUGUGCUCAGCAAAUAGUAAGCAGACACCUGUACACCGAGAAGCCACGGAGAAAACGCAGGACACAGUGGGAACAAGGAGGGGUGAGAAAGAACGGAGCUCGGAGCUGCUGUCGGGGCCUGUGGUUCCGAAAGAAGCCGAUACUCCUUCCUCUGUGGGCUGUGGCGAACCCCCAAGGGACGCUGUCUGUGAAGUGGGAACAUUUUACCGAACACUGAAGUGCUUCCAAGAGCUGCAAGGUGCCAUUUCCCGAUUGCAGAAGAGAAACCUUUUCCCGUAUAACCCGUCGGCCCUUCUGAGGUUGUUAAAACAGAUCGAGGCGAUCGGUAAUAAAAGUACGAGCCCUUUUUGAAACGGUGGCAUUUCCUUUCCAGGAACUGUUGGUUUUGCCUGAAUGAGGUACUGGUAAAAAAGCAAACCUCCAAAGGGUUCUCUUUUCUUUUUGCCGAUUGGAAGCAGCCUGGUGACUUAAAAAGAUGUAGCGAGCCCAGCCUGCGCGUGUCGACCUAUGAACCAAGAGGUCGCCGUUCCAUCGGGGCACAUGCCCACGUUGCAGGCUCGAUCCCCAGUAGGGGGCGUGCAGGAAGCAGCCGAUCAGUGAUCCUCUCUCAUCGAUGUUUCUCUCCCUCCCUCCCUCCCACGGCCAUAAAGGUAUCUCUAUCUUGAAUGGAGAGAACGUAGAUAAAUAUUGCCUGGUUUUUAUCUUUUCUACAAAUGGAACCCUAGCGUAUGUGUUCUUUGGUGUCUGGCUUCUUCAGCACUAUUUGGAAGCGUGUUCUAAAUUAUUUUUUUAAAUAAUGGUCAAGUCGCUGCAUUUCCGCCAUUAAACCUCUCCGCGUUGUCCCCAGCACUCCCCGUGUGCUGGGAUGGUGGCAUUGACAAACAGACUGUUUGUCAGACUCAAACAGGUUCUGCAGGGCCUUGUGCAAUGGGCCCCAACCUGCUGCUUUCACCCGUGGUUCUCCCCCACCCAUGUCUGAGCAGCAUCACCUUGAUUUUCUCACAUAUUCCCUCAUCACGCCCCAGCUUCCAUGUUGGAUCUGGGAAGCCUCCCCCAUCUAUUUUGUUAAUUCUCACCCGAGGGUAUCUUUCCGUUGAUUUUUAGAAAGAAUGGAAGAGAGGGGGAGAGGGAGAGAGAAACAUCGAUGUGAGAGAGAGAGACAGACACAUCGAUUGGUUGCCUCCUGCACUCGCACUGACUGACCAAGGCCAGCGAUUGAGCCUGCAUUGAGGUAUAUGCCCUUGGCUGGGA